AUGAUGUUCGGUCGAACGACAACGGCGCGCUUUGUUCGCCGGAAUUGCACGCGGCAGUUUGAAAUAAAUGGACAGCGACAGGGCCAAUUGUGGCAGUACCGACGGCAGUUUGCCAGCGCAGCAGGAAAUGCUGGGACAGCCAAAGCGGAUGACAUCUAUGACGUGGUCUGUGUUGGCGGCGGACCGGCCGGUCUGAGCCUCUUGACGGCCUUGCGCGCAAACCCGGUCACAGCUGGACUUCGUUUGGCGCUUGUGGAGGCCCAGGACCUCGACCAACUGCGGGCCUACUCACCGGCGCCAGAGAAGUUUGCUAACCGCUGCAGCUCGCUGACGCCCUCUUCCGCGCGCUACCUCGACCGCAUCGGUGCUUGGACCCACAUGCGCCGCGAGCGUGUGCAGGCGUACGAGGCGAUGCGAGUGUGGGACGGCGUGUCGGGGGCGCGCAUUGCCUUUGACCAGCCCGUGGGAGCGACAAUGCCGUCGGACACGGGAUCGACGGUGGCGUACAUGGUGGAGAACAGCAAUUUGACGGCAGGCCUACUGAGUCGGCUGGACGAGCUGGGCGGCGUGGCCGUGUUUGACGGCGCGCGCGUGGACAGCAUUGAGUACGGUAAAGCGGAUGAUGGCCUAGACCUGUCUGAGUGGCCGGCCGUUCGGGUCAGCGGCGGCAAGACGUUGCUGGCACGGCUGUUGGUGGGUGCUGACGGCGCCAACAGCCCCGUGCGGACGUUUGCCGACAUUGAGGCAUGUGGCUGGUAUUACGGUCGGCACGGCGUCGUGGCCACGCUGGAGCUGGACGAGGACAGCGCCAUCUUGGGUGCUGGCCGUAAGACGGCCUACCAGCGCUUUCUGCCGACGGGUCCGGUGGCCAUGCUGCCGCUGCCGGGCCGGCUGGCGACGUUGGUUUGGUCGACGACGCCGGAGCGAGCGGCACGGCUGCGAUCACUGGCGCCCGACGACUUUGUGGCCCUGGUCAAUGCGGCUUUCCGGCUGCGGCCUGUCGAACUGACAUACCUGCACGGCCAGCCGUCAGGGCAGGUGGACGAGGUGGCCUGGCGGCUGCAGCAGGAGGGCGGAGGCGUGCCGGAUGUGGCAGACAUGCCACCCCAUGUCGUCGGCGUACAGGCCGGCACCGUGGCUUCGUUCCCGCUGCGGAUGCGCCACGCCGACGCAUACGUGGGCGAGCGGGUGGCCUUGGUCGGCGACGCCGCCCACACGGUGCAUCCGUUGGCCGGCCAGGGCCUCAACCAGGGCCAGGGCGACGUCGAGAGCCUGGCACGCGCAAUCGCCUAUGCCGUGGCACAUGGCCAGGACCUGGGCGUGCGCUCGUCGCUGGAGCCGUACCCGGCUGAACGUUAUGCAGCCAAUCACGUGCUUCUGGGCGUCUGCGAUAAGCUGCACAAGCUGUAUGUGGUCGAGAACGGCCCGCUGGUGCCGCUGCGAUCGUGGGGCCUGCGCGCCGUCGACGCCUUGCAACCGGUCAAGGCCUUUCUCAUGCGUCAGGCCGCCGGCGGGACGCGGUGA